ACUGAUGCUGAGAUAAUGCAGGAAAGGCCGUUGAACUAGUAGCACUGGCUGCUUCCCAGCCCUUAUCUCCCCGGCUCCCAGGAACAGCGCUGCAGAGCAAACAGCAGUGGAAUGCAGACUUGUUCUAACCCAUUCCAAUCCCCUCCUCUACCCCAUAGUUCCCUCUGUCUCCACCUCUCUUUCUCCCUCCCUCCUGUUCUCCUCCACCUUUCUCUCUCUCUCCUUUCUGCACAGGCUGACAGGAAAUAAGUUACAGAUACAAGCUGAGGGGACAUGGAGCCUCCAAAGAAUAUAGUUAAAAUCGCCAUACAGAUGAUGGGAGCCUAUCCACAGCUUAUCGAUCUAAAUCAGAGCAAACCUUUGUCAGCUGUGCUAAAGGAUGUAUGUGAUGCGUGGAAUAUUAAUAACUCAGAACACUAUGCACUGCAGUAUGUGGAUGGGCACCAAGAAUACAUUACUGAGUCGAACCGAACGGCAAUAAAAAAUGGCAGCAUCCUGAGACUAACAACAUCCCCGGACAAGGAGGCCAGCAGUCUUUGUAAUGGAGCACAAAGCCAAAACCAAGAUGUGAAGUCUGAAUCUCUGAAGAAGCUUGCUGAUCUUUCACGAGAUGUUACAUUUGCUCAGGAAUUCAUCAGCCGUGACGGUCUCACCAUUUUAUCCAAGAUUAUAGAAGAAGAAAAAGAGCUGGGAAAGAUAAUGGCUCACACGCUUAGAGCAAUCUCAGAGCUGAUGGAGCAUGGCUUUGUCUCUUGGGAAACCUUCAGUACAACAUUUAUACACAAGGUUGCAACAUUUGUCAACAUGAAUCUAAUGGAUUCAGAGAUCACACAACUUUCAUUGGCUAUUCUGGAGAGUGUAGUGCAGAGUGACACCAACCUUGGAGAGUUAGUAAGGCGGGAAGUUACCCUAGACAGGCUGCUUGUCCUUCUUCAGGUGACCAAUAAAGAGAUGCAGACAAAGGUCAUGGCUCUUUUCAUUGCUUUAAUGCAGAAAGUGGGAGACAAGGAGAGAGAGGAAAUGCUAGAAUAUCUAUGGAAGAAGAACAUGCGCCAGUUUAUUCACAAGCAUAUAAUAAAUGAAUGGUCGAUCCUGGGGGAUGAAAUGAGCCAUUACCUGUAUGUGCUGCAAUGCUUGAGUCUGGGCCUGUUGGAACCACGCAUGAGAAACUGCAUGGAUGCUAAUGAUGCUGACCAGCGGCAACAACUUCAAAGUUUGCGAAUUGCGGCAUUUCCCCAGGAGGGUGAAGAUGGCGGCCACAUGAGCUCAGAGAGGCGGCGCUCACUUUGUGCUAAAGAAUUCCGCAAGCUAGGCUUCCUUAAUAGUGGAAGUCCUUGGCAAGAUUUGUGUUUUUCACCUCCCGGACUCCUGGCACUGGAUAACAUGGUGUACUUUUCUACUAGAUGUCCCAAUGCUUACAGCAGGUUUGUGCUUGAAAACAGCAGCCGGGAAGAUCAGCAUGCCUGUCCGUUUGCACGAAGCAGCAUUCAUCUAAGCUUGAUGUUAUGUGACAUCCUACGAGUUGGAGAGCCUGCAUCAGAGACUGGGCAGAAUUUCCUCACCUUGUUUUAUGCACAAGAUCACUUUCUGCAGGAGCUCUUCUGUGUUUGUAUACAGCUGCUUAACAAAACAUGGAAGGAGAUGAGGGCAACCCAGGAAGAUUUUGACAAGGUGAUGAACGUAGUUAAAGAGCAGAUAUCUAGGACCUUUGCUAAUCCUCCCUCUUCUCUGGAUUCCUUUCGUGGAAGAAUCUUCUCCCUAAAUUACAGUGAAAUUUUGAAACUACGUCAAGCAGAAAGGGUGAACCAAGAUGAAGUCCUUUCCCCACCAGUGAUGGAAUUGAGAAAGGCUUUAAAAACAGACCUUUUAAGUCUGAUAAAACAGCACAGACUUCAUUACUUGUGUGAGGGUACCAAGUUUCGAAAGAUCAGCAACCGCAGGAGACAAGACAAACUAUGGUUUUGUCGCCUCUCCCCCAAUCACAAAGUUCUACAUUAUGGAGACCUGGAAGAUAACAUUGAUAAUCCUCCAGUGGAAAUGCUCCAGGAAAAAAUUUCAGUGUCUGAUAUUAAAGAUGUGCUAACGGGAAGAGAUUGCCCACACAUGAGGGAAAAAGGAAAACAAAAUAAGGAAAUUGUGGAAAGGGCAUUUUCCAUCUGUUAUGAUGUAGACAGCUGUUUAAACUUCAUCGCAGCUACACAUAGUGAGUUCUGUCUCUGGAUGGAUGGACUGAAUGCCUUGCUGGGUCGGGAAAUGACCAGCGAGUAUACAAGGAAUGACUUGGAUGUCCUUCUAAGUACAGAGCUCAAGCUGAGGCUAUUAGACCUGGAGAAUAUUCCAAUACCUGAGCACCCGCCACCCAUUCCCCCACGCCCACAGAACUAUGACUACUGCUAUCAAUUCACCUCCACAGAGGCCUGACACUUGUCACUACACUAAUCAGGACACAUCCCAAAACAGGUCCAGUACAUACUCACACUGUGUAAUGAUUGGCUUUUCUAAAGGAGCUGCCGUAAUGUACAGAAGUAUUAGCUAUAUUGCUAAUAAGUAUCCAGAAUGUGUAUUUUUUGUGUGAAUUUUUUCUUAUAAAAUAAAUUGUAAUUAUCUAAUGUUAAGAGCACCCA